AUGGUGGGCAAGGACUGCGUCGCCAUCGCCUGCGAUCUCCGCUUGGGUAUGCAAGCGUUGACCAUUUCCAACAACUUCCCUAAGAUUUUCAACUACGCUCCAUCCACCUAUCUCGGUCUCACUGGUCUCGCGACCGAUGUCAACACUGUUUCCGAUCUGUUUCGCUACAAGGUCAACAUGUACCGGCUGCGUGAGGAACGCCAUAUCUCACCCCAGACUUUGGCCAACCUGGUGAGCUCAUCGUUGUACGAAAAGCGCUUUGGGCCAUUCUUCGUGAGCCCAGUGAUCGCUGGAAUCAAUCACACAACUGGAAAACCUUUCAUCUGUGGAUUCGACAGCAUUGGCUGCAUUGAUUUUGCCAAGGACUUCAUUGUCAGCGGCACAGCGAGCGACCAGCUAUUCGGUACCUGCGAGGGUCUUUGGGAGCCGGAUCUUGGCCCGGAGGAUCUGUUUGAGACCAUCUCUCAAGCGCUCUUGAGUGCCGUCGAUCGUGACGCCCUAUCCGGUUGGGGCGCGCAGGUCUAUAUCAUAGAGAAGGACAAGGUCACCCAGCGGUUACUGAAGGGACGCCAAGACUAA